UCGGACCCCACACUCCAGUUUCAGAGGCUGUCCAGUGUGCCCUGACGUUAGUGACGUGUCCUUGUCUGCAACUAGGCUCAUUUAAAAUAUUUAGUUGUAUCGCUGGCUACUGGUAAGGUCCGUUUGCGAGUUUUUUGUAGAUACCACAAAUUAGUGGCCAGUGUGCGGUCUUCCAGAAAUAUACUGUGUGUGGGUUUCAUUUGUGGCCACCAUGCAGGCAGUAGAUGGCAGCAGUGGCAACACAACACUCAGUGGCGGGCUAAACGGGCUAGUUUGACAAGUGUGAUCACAGUUGACAUGUAUCUUAACUUAACACUUGACUUAAUGUUACUUUAGUGCCCAGGUUGAAAUCAACUGAAAUAUAAAGAUUCCUUGACACCAACUGAAGUUUUACGUACCUGCACAACCGAGUUGAAUAACGUGACAAGAGGCGAAGAGGGUUGAGACUGUGGGUACUGCUGACGCAGCUGGUAGGCCACUCCCAAGUCAUCAACCAUAGCGCCACACAGCAACGAUGCCUGCACCAUCAACACAUACAGUACUCCAUUACCCUCUCUACAUUUGAAAGGUAAUCAAAAUGUCUCGUCGUAAAGGCUUGAGUCAUGAGGAAAAGCGGCAGAAGAUGAUGGAGCUGUUUUAUGAGAAAAAGGAGUUUUUCCAACUCAAGGAGCUAGAGAAGUUAGGACCUAAAGAGAAGGGAGUUAUAGCUCAAGCAGUGAAAGAUGUGGUGCAGUCCUUGGUGGAUGAUGCUAUGGUAGACACUGAUAAAAUUGGCACAUGUGUCUACUUUUGGGCUUUUCCAAGUAAAGCUCUCAGCACACGUAAGAGAAAGAUAGAUAACCUGAAUAGCCGACUAGAGGACACUAACAAGAGGUUGAAGACUGCCUUAUCUAAAUUGGAACAGGCCAAGGUGGGCCGCGAAGAGAGUGAAGAUCGUGGAGAAAUCUUGGAAAGGAUGUCUCAGCUGGAGACGACUAAGGACCAGCUGGUGAAAGAUAUACAGAAGUACCAUGAUUGUGACCCAGAAGUACUGAAUCAAAUGAAAGCGGAAACUCAGAUUGCCCAAGUUGCCUGUAAUCGCUGGACAGACAACAUCUUCGCAAUCAAAAGUUGGUGCAAAAACAAAUUUUUUAUUGAGGAAGAAGUCUUGAACAAACAGUUUAAUAUCCCUGGAGAAUUAGACUACAUCUAAGAGUUCUUCAAAGGUGCAACAUCCAAAUGGAUGCGAUGCUUGCCUCCUGUCCUAGGAGUCACUGGUUCAAGCCCAUGGCAUCCCCAGUUCACCCAGCCUUGACAGGGUACCUAACUUUUGAGUUGGGGAAGUGAAGGCAGCUAUGUGCAGUGCCAUUCAGACUACAGUACCUCCUUGUGUAUUGUAUUGAAGGCUUGGAGUGCAGUGUGCUCUAUCCAUGCUGUCCCAAAUGAGCUGUCAGGUCUAUGGAAUAUACUUUCACCUUUUGAAGUGGUCCUCAUAUACUGUAUAGCUAUUUAAUCAUAGUUCAAAAUUUGAUUAAUUCAUAUGGAGUUUGUUAAACAUAGGGGGACAUAAUUUUAUUUGGUAUAUAGUAUAUUAGCUUUGUUGUAGAACAGGAACAACUUACUGUCGCAAAACAUAUCUGCUACAACAGCGAGAAUGAAUAAAUGAAAACAAAAUGAGAUAUGGCUGUGAUAUUCUUGAUUCUAGCCAACACAUACUGGAGCAGGGGAGGGCGUGUAGGAGUGGGUUAAAAAAAUCUAAGGUUGAAAACAGUAAGGAAUUACUGCACUCUGUAAUUAGUGAAGAUAGUGGCAAUCAGAAUAAUUAAUAAUUUUUAUUCUUACACUGUUUCAAGUAUUUUCCAGCUAUAAGUGCGGGGUACAGGUAGUUGGAAUGAGAAGCAAAAACAUUCUCCGUUCACUUUCUGUUACAGAUGUGCUGUGCUGUAGCAUUCCCCUUUCAUAUCAAAUAUAUCCCUAUUUACUCCUGUUGCUUUUCACAACUUACGUAUUUGAGUACACGUACAGUACUGUAUAUUUUAACAAGAAUACAUGAUGGAACAUAUUAGCGACUUAGUCAUAAUUAUAAUUAGUAUGAUAUAGUUUAAGGAAUACAGGUAGUAUAGUUAAAUUUUAUCUUCAUAAAAUUAAACACUACUGCACUUUAUGAAUUUAAAACCGUAGUUGAACACAUUUUUGACACUUUUUUUUUUUCCAUAGUUAAGGGGGUAAUCAAUAGUGUAUCUUGAUAUUUUAGGAGUUGCUUCUCAUAACUUUAAUGUGAUAUCACUCCUGGCAAAGCAGUAUUGUUAGAUCUGGAAGACUGUGCCUUAAUUGUGAUACAGUUAUUAAUUAUUUAAUACUUCUGUUGAUUUGAAUUUUACAAUAUAAAAUUUAAAACAAUAUUUUUCAUUUAUUGUACAGUAUCAUGUAAGCCUAUUUUGUUUAGAAAUUAUUCACAAAAUAUUACAGUGUAUACAGUAAUUCUGUUAUGUCUGUGAUAUUUAGCUUUUCCCAAAUUCAGAGCAGAAUGUUCAGGUAUGCCUGACUUUUGAUCUUUCCUUUCAUAUCCAAAAUGUAAUAAAUGUGAUCAAGUUUAGAGCUUAAUUGUUCAGAAUCUGUUGAGAAUGAUGAAUAUCUACUCCUCUCUUGAUACAGUACACUACUGUACAGUAUAUCUUUUACUUUGAGAAUUUGAAGUACAGUAUUGCCUGUAUAAUGUACAGUACAGGACCUUUGACUUUUGUAACUAAGUUCCAAUAAAUGACAAUACUGUA